AUGCAUUCCAACCUGUCGGUGGGAGCCGACUGCAUAGCUGCUGUGGUCCUGGCUGCUGGCACCGCCGUGGUGGGCUACCUAGCUUACAAAAGGUUUUUAGUGAAAGAAAAUCGCUACAGGUCCAUGGUCAACCUCACCAUCCAGAAAGACAACCCCAAGACUGUCCACGCAUUUGACAUGGAAGACUUGGGAGAGAAAGCUGUGUACUGCCACUGUUGGAGGUCCAAGAAGUUCCCAUUCUGCGAUGGUGCCCACACAAAGCACAACGAAGAAACUGGUGGCAAUGUGGGACUGCUGAUCAUCAAGAAGAAAGAGGCAUAA